CUGACAAUGAGGAUUGCCUAGUAAAGGGAUAAAGUGGGAGAGAGGACUUGUUAGUCACGAAAAGCAAGGAUAAGGAGAGAAGAGACUUCAUGGGCGAGCAAUGAUCCCUCGGCAAAUGUGACAUGGGCGGGUGGCCUUGCCAUUGAACCUCGGUAAUAAAGGAUGGAGCAUACACUGCUGAUGCCAGCACUCCUAAAUCUGGAUGCUCUACUGGACCUGGUCAUCUGUGUUUGCCAUGAAUUGGCCACCUCUCCACUGGCCCAUGAGACGUACAUUGCGGAUUUUCUGCACUGGGCGGAGCCAUUCGUGCAGAACAUACGGGCACAGAGGAUGAAGAGAAGAGAUUUUGACAUCAUCAAGGUGAUUGGACGUGGAGCAUUCAGUGAGGUUGCAGUUGUGCGGAUGAGAAGUAACUCUCAAGUCUAUGCCAUGAAGAUAAUGAACAAGUGGGACCUUCUGAAACGAGUAGAUGUUGCCUGUUAUAGAGAAGAAAGAGACGUUUUGGUGAAUGGAGACAGCAGGUGGAUAACACAGUUGCACUUUGCGUUUCAGGAUGACAAUUACCUUUACCUUGUGAUGGAUUACUAUGUGGGAGGUGACCUGUUGUCCCUUCUCAGUAAGUUCCCAGAUGGAUUCCCUUUCCACAUGGCGAUCUUUUACCUUGCUGAGAUGAUAAUGGCUGUCAAUUCUGUCCAUUCUCUAGGCUACAUACACAGGGAUAUCAAGCCAGACAAUAUGCUUUUAAACCGAGCAGGUCACAUCCAUCUUGGGGACUUUGGUUCAUGUUUAAAACUCCGGGACGAUGGCACAGUGUCCUGUUCUGUUGCAGUGGGGACCCCUGACUACCUGUCCCCUGAAAUCCUUCUUGCCCUUGAAAACCAUAGUUUAUCAUAUGGUGUGGAAUGCGAUUGGUGGUCAAUAGGGGCUUGUGCUUACGAAAUGUUCUUUGGGCACCCUCCCUUUUAUGCUGAAUCUGUGGUGGAAACCUAUGGAAAAAUCCUUCACUAUAAAGAGCACUUUAAUUUUCCCUCCUCAGCAAGUGGGACGCCACCUGAGGCUUUAGACUUCAUCUCAUCUCUCAUCUGUGAGCGGGAAAACCGUCUGGGUAUUGGUGGACUCCAUGAUUUUCACUUACACCCACUUUUUGAUGACAUUGAAUGGGAGAGUCUGAGGGACUGCAUACCACCUUUUGUUCCUGAGUCAGUGGGAGCUACAGAUACCUCCAAUUUUGAUGUUGUAGAAGAUCAGCUUUCAGAAAUGGUCCGCGGUGGAGGAGAGACAAUCUCAGAUGUUGGGGACAGCUCCCCUCUGGGAGUCAACCUCCCAUUUGUUGGCUACUCGUAUACAUUCAGGGAGGACGGCAGGGAACACGUUUGGGGAAACAUGAAAAACAUCUGUGAAUGUAAAUCAGAAUCAACAUCAGACCAUCACAAAAUGAGCCAUAGAGACGACUUGGACUCUCAUCUGGACCCCUCACUACUGUCUGAUCUGCGUAAUGCUCUGCAAAGUGAGAUUGAUGCUCGUGAGGCUUUGACCACUGAAAUCAACCUUCUUCAAACAGCCAAUCAGUGCCUGGCCAGUCGUCUUUAUGAAGCUGACCAGCUGAACUCUGAACUUCAGAGUAAAAUACGCUCAUUAGAGCAGCAACUAAGAGACAGAGAGGUAGAAGAGGACGAAGAGAGAGAAAAAGUUUUCCUUCCCCGAAGAUGUGAAACCUGCAACCAGAACUCUGAACCUACCUCUAGGAUUAGACAACUAGAUAGCUGUAUACCUUCCUAUUGCCACCCCUUAGUGACACCAGUUCACCGCCACAUGCUGCUCUUCUCGCGGGUACCUAGACCAAACUCGUCCUGGAUGGGAUACCUCUGGCACCUCUGGACCUGGCCCUUGACGUGGAUGAUGCCUCCUCCGCACUGAGUGACAUCUUUUAGAUUUCAGUUUCAGAGGCAGAACAUUAAAGGUUUACAUGUCUUGAGCAAUAUGGUAGCUGAAUAUCACAGUCCCGACACAGAUAUUGCUCUGUAGACAAUUCAGUGUGCUUACACUCUGAAUCAGUUUUUUUUUUUUCUCACAAAUGUCUUAAAAGAGUCUGACACGGGAAUGUUUGAUGCUGCAGUAUUCUGUGUUUCGUGAUGUGAGUUUUUAGGUAGUAUGAAUAAAAUUAACAUAUGCCUUGAUUGAAGUGGCCAAGUGCCUG